AUGCAUUUCCAGAGCAGUAUGAAACACAAGAAGAUGAUGGUCAACCUCUUGAGUGUGAAGCAAAAGCCUAACGAGUCCAUCCGAGCCUUCGUCUCCCGUUUUAAUAAAGAAUACUUGGACCUCAAGGAUCUAGAUAAAGCUACGGUCCACACGGCGAUGAGCAACGGCCUUUCAGACAUGGACCUCAUCAAGGAUCUAGCCCGAAAGCCUACCAAAAAUAUGGCCGAGCUCCUGGAGAGAUGCAAUGAGUUUGCAAAUAUGGCCGAGGUGCUUCAGGCCAGAAAGGCAAACGACGGAAAGAGUGAAAAGAAAAGAUCAGCGGGGGAUGACCGCAAAGAAGAAAAGUGCUCCAAGACUGAUUGCCGACCCAAGAAGACCGAUCAAGCCCGAAGUCCCGAUUACACUUCCUUGAAUACAUCUCGAAAAGAGAUUUUGAUGCAAAUCCAGGAUGAAGGUUAUAUUCGUCGACUGCGACCGAUGCAAGCAGGGUUAUCUUGGAAUCCAAAUAUGUGUUGCCAAUUCCACAAAGACAUCGGUCACAACACCGAAGAUUGUUAUAAGCUACAGAGAGAGAUUAAAGAGCUGAUAAAGGCGGGACAUUUGAAGCUAUACGUGAAGGGGCCGAGAUGA